AGAGGAAACUAGAUCAAAGGAAAUCAAGGAUCUGGAUCUGGAUAAAAGUACCCUACCUGUUGAAAGAGCUCUCGGAGUUCAGUGGUGCACGGAAACGGACUCAUUCCAUUUCAAAUUUACUCCUCAGGAUAAACCACUUACCAGGAGAGGUAUUCUGUCAGUAGUGAGCUCUAUAUUUGAUCCGCUGGGUAUGUUGUCCCCUGUGAUCCUCCCUGCAAAGCAAAUCUUGCAAACAUUAACAGGAAUAAGGCUAGGAUGGGACGAAAAUAUUCCUGAAGAAUGUAAGGAACAGUGGUUGAGCUGGCUACACCACUUGCAAUUACUGAGAGACUUCAAAGUCAAAAGAUGCAUCACACCACUCAACUUUGGAGAUCCAGUCUCAGCUCAGCUUCACCACUUUGGAGAUGCUAGUGAAAGUGGUUACGGAACAGUAUCUUACCUUCGCCUGAUGAACAAAGCAAACGCAGUUCAUUGUUCCUUUAUCAUGGGUAAGGCCAGAGUAGUUCCACUCAAACCUGUGACCAUCCCAAGAAUGGAGCUUACCGCUGCCACUGUAGCCGUCCGGAUGGACCGAAUGUUACAGGAAGAGUUGGAGCUUAAACUCCAGCCAUCCGUGUUUUGGACUGACAGCACGUCUGUGUUGAAGUACAUACAAAAUGAAACUACAAGAUUCCACACCUUCGUCGCCAACAGAGUCGCAGUCAUUCGAUCUGCUUCAGAGACUUCCCAAUGGAGGUAUGUUAAUGGUUGCCUGAAUCCAGCUGACUGUGUAUCAAGGGGAAUCUCUGUAAGUCGCUUUCUGAGAGAUGAAACCUGGUUAAGGGGACCAGAGUUCCUUAGUCUCCCUGAGCAUCAGUGGCCUAAAUCUCCAGAUUUGACUCUAACAGCCAGCGACCCUGAAGUCAAAGUUUUUGCCGUAAGUCUCAACCCCAUGGAAGAAAGCUCUAGUACAGUGAACAAGUUGCUCACUUACUAUUCCCACUGGCAUCGCCUGAAAAAAGCUGUGGCCUGGAUGCUACGCAUAAAAUCCGCUCUGAUGGCGAGUCCCAAAAUGAGCUCUAGCCCCCUUCCCCUCUUGCACCACACAAGCACAUUUACACACACGGACUCAUGUGUUAAUACACAUUCGCCCUACAAAGGGUCAGAAGCCCUGAACAAAUGUUUUGUAUUGGCUCUCCAUUUUAUGUUUAUUAGUAAUUGUCAUGUGUGAUUCCAUAACAAUUAGGGGCCGGAGUGUAGGAGCCAAAACGUUGAUUUAUUAUUUGUAUUAUUUAAUCAUUUAAUGUAUGUAAUGGAGUAUAAUUGAUUGGUGUCAAGUGAUCAUGAUCCGCAGCCACGGCUGGGCGGAGCGGCUGAUUGGUGCUGCGAUUGCCUCAGCUGGUUAAAAGAGUCCUGCUGAUGAUACUCUGUGUUCUAGUUUGGUUGUGAAGCCACACGGUUUUUUGAUCGCUGCAUUGCACUGCAGAGAAGGAUAACUUGGAAAUAAAUAUAC